AGGAAAGACUGUUUGAAGAGUCAAAAAAUAUUUUUAAUACAAAAUCGGACAUCGAUUACGACGCUAUCGAAAGGCUUGAGUACCUAAAUGGCGUAAUAAUGGAGACCUUGCGUCUAUAUCCUCCAGCGGUGGCAGUGGAAAGGGAGGCCUCCGAAGACAUAGUACUGACCAGUGAUGAGGACCGCAUCAAUGUAUUCAAAGGAGACCUCUUUCAAGUGCCCAUUACUGUCCUACAUAUGGAUAGACAGCAUUUCGAUGAUCCCUAUGCCUUCAAACCGCAGCGGUUUAUGGCAUCAAAUAUAGCACACCAUCCCUACGCGCACCUACCGUUUGGUGCGGGCCCUCGCAAUUGUGUGGCCAAACGUCUGGCCCUAAUGGAGGCAAAGUUGGCUCUAAUAUAUUCAGUUCAUAACUUUAAGUUUGAAAUUUGCGACAAAACAGCUCGCCCACCGGAAAGGUAUUACACCUUAGGGCUAAACGUACCGAAAGAGGUGGUGUUGAGAGUUGUGAAGAGAAUUCAUUGAAAUGGAAAUCAUUUUGUCUCAAUUAUUAAUAUUUGAAUCACCCUUGGUACUUCUAUGAAUCAAUGUCUAACAUUUAUACUCAACCAUAAGAAGUGAC